UCAUGACGAACGCCGACGCCGAGGCAUUAGUGAGCGCCGCACCACCGGCCGUCCAGCUGCCCCCCUGCCGGCGGAUUGUAGAUCUGACGGGCGGGCUGUCGUCGAUGGUGUGUGUGUGGUAUGGGUGGGUGGGGGGAGGGGCGGGUUGAUGUCCAGCUCGAAGCCCGGCUCGUCCUUGAGGGCACGCACACCGCCGCCCGGCUGGUCGAACAGCUCAAAACGGCCCAACUGGCCGCCGAAGUUGACGUGUCGGCCGACCAUCUUCCACAGCGCAAUCACACGCGCAUCGGCCAAAUACGCCUACACAGACACCACACGACAGACAGACAGACAGACAGACAGACAGAUGAGUGCCACUCGCCCCGCCCCUCGCUCAUCUGCCCACCUGUUUGCUAUCGUGGCGCGCACAAUCCGCCACAGCCAGUGUGAUCGGCAGCUGACAGCAGCCGCGCUGAGCCGCCAACUUCAGCGCAUCGGUCACCUCUGGUCCACUGCUGCGUAUCCACCAGCCAGAUGGCCUUCAGCAGCAGAGGCCGGUCCAGCUGAGCGUCGAAUGCGAUGAUGGUGUGCAGCCCCUUGGCCACCAGGCAGCGAUUGAGUCGGCUGCUCAGGACGGCGGCCGAGAAGUCGACUUCAUAGAGGAAGUGGGCCGUGACUCUGAGGCUGCCGACCUCCGACCGGCUGCACACAUACACAGAUGGCACAACACACCCAAACACACACACAGCUGUCAACUGCCGCUCCCCCUCCCUCAUUGAUUCGUGUGUGGUUUGCAUACGUGUGGAGGGCAUCUCUGUCGUCUUUGUGAAGGAAGUCCAGUGUGUGGUCGUCGAUAACGGCACCAUGGCGGUCCGCAGUGUGGUUGUUGCCCAUCUCGCCCUCUACGCUCCCGCCGGGCGGAUCAGCUUCACACUCAUGUCAUCGAUGAAAUCGAUGGUUUUUUGAUUGUCGAACAGGAGCAAGAGAUGAAUCAGAUGCACUGAUCUCGUCGUUACCGAUGGGGACUUCGAAC